GAUCUGCGUUCGCUCGGUAAAUGAGUGGUCCAUUGGUAGGUGGUGGGCGGAGUGUUGGCUCUGUGGUUUUUGUGUCGAUCUGUAGCACAGUGCCUGCAUGUGUCAGCAGCUGAGAAGUUGACGCCAUGGAUGCUUGGCUGGUGUCUUUCGUUGCGUGCUGUGCUCUUGGUUUGCUUGUCUGCUGAGAUGGAUGCGAUGUGGUCAGUGGCCGCCGUUUUUUGGCUUUCUUGACAUUGAUGUGUUUGUGUCCUCUGUCGGUCUUGGGAGGGAGGCCUUGGUUGUGAGGCCCUGACAUAUGUGUCGCUCUCUCUGACCAUUCCAUGACAUUGCUCUGACGGCGGCAGUCGUGCAAGAAUUGUUGUGUUCACACAAUUUUGUGUUCAGUGUUAAUCGCUUUGCGAUGCACUGGCAGCCAUCGUGGGGGCGUCUCCUCAGCGAGGCCCCCUGGGCCGAUCUCACGGCAAAAUCGACGCAAUGGCAACGCCAUCAGGACAAGACGAUGAUGCCCCAUCACCGGCGUCAGCAGCAGCAGAACCAGGAUUGCCGCCCAACCCCGUCAAGCAGUUCACGCAGCGGCUGUUCGAGCUGCAACGGAUCUACAGCAAGGUCCUCGAGCGACGCAACACGAUACACAUGUUCCACCAGCUCAUGAACAAGGCGCCGAGACCCCCUGCGCCACCACUGAUGUCCAUGCGGACCCCCGUCGCGCAAGAACCUUCUCUCUCUCCACCAAUCCCUCGAGCAGCAGCAACGGGCGGCACUGAGAAGGCGGAGAGCCCGAAUCGCGUGUUGAAAGGGAAGCCCCAGCCGCCCAACCCCGUGUUGCUGCAGAUGAAGGCGGGGAUGGACCUGUCCUUCAACUCGCUGGCGAGCCAUGCAAGGCGGCUGGGGGAAGCUAACCAUGAGCUGGCACGGCGCAUGCAGGCAUGUCCGUGGCACACACACACACACACACACACACGCACGCACUUACGCACGCACAGAGAGAGAGAGAGGGAGGGAGAGAGAGAGAGAUGCACUCAAUGAUGCGAGAACGCAGAAACGUGUGUGGGAUGGGUCUCUCUCUCUGCGUGCGCAGGAGCAGUUGUACCGUCAGGAGUUCGAUGAGAAUGAGUGGGCGGCGGCCGACCCGCGGCUCAACGAUCUCGUCAAGGAGCAGAGAGACCUCAUCCUAGAGCAGAAGAGACAACUGCAUGAAGUAAGUAAGACCUCCAAGCACACAUCCAGAUGCAUCUGGAUGGCUCAUGUCAGCUGCGGACGUCGCACAAGCUGGCAGAAGAUGAGAGGCAGCGCAUGGAGUGGGACACCAGACAACGACUAUACGAGCAGCUCUACUCAGACCAAAAGUCGGAAUCAUCACCCCGCUCGCCAGACACGAUGUCUCUCUUACCCUCUCUCUCUCUCUCUGUGUGUGUGUGUGUGUUUGUGUAUGUUUGUACACGUAGACGGCAGCCAGGUGCUCUCAGCCAAUCACUAGAAGAGAUGACCGCCGCUCACAAGCUGCGGAUGCCCCGCACGGCAACCGAGGCAAGAGUCACUGAUGUCCGCACACCCUCCCCCCCAGCCAAGUAUCGUCCCCGCCCGAAGUCACCUGCAGAAGCCGUCACAUCCGCGGGAUACAGAAACGACUCGUGGCAGCCCACACACGAAUAUGGUGGUGGCCAGAAGCCUCCCCACACGUCAACGCCUCUCCUUUCCCCAAUGUCUUCCCCCCCCCACACACGACCUUCCCCGCGCCCCUGCAGCCGUCAGAGGGAUGGAUGAAGCGUAGGCGAGACGACUGGAAACACCUGGGUGAGCCGGACUUCCAUGAGAUCGCCGAAAGUGGAAUGAGUGGUUUGAGAGAGAAGAGGGGGGCGCAUAAGAGAGGAAAGAGGGAGAGGGAGAGGCUUGCUGAGGCGCGAAGGCUGGUGGACAGACAGAUGGAGAGGAACGCUCUGGACGAUGGUGCUUAUCGAAGGCAGCCAGCAGGCAUGAGAGAGAGACCAUCGGCUGCAGCUACAGCAGCUGAGAGGAGAGGAGGGCCAGGAGUGGGUGUGAGAGUGUGUGAGGAGUCUGAGGUGCUGAUCUCACCUCCUGAUGAGAUCACCAGGGGCUCGAUUGACGACGCUUUUGCAGAGCUGGUGCGCACACAGAGACAGGGAUACAGGGAGAAUGUGUCUCCGUUUGUUGCAGGCAUCCGCAGUCCGCGAGAGGCGUCUUGGCGACCCGGCAGCAGCGCAGACCGUCUACAACUUCACAGAGGCCCUCAGCGGACCAGCCGGCGAGUCACUUCCUCAGGCUAAAUGCCCGCAGUACGUCAGCGCAUUGGCUGAGGCUCUCCCCUGCUAUCCCAAACAGGCACCUGCACACACGGAGAGAAGGAGAUGAAGAGAUGUGCGUGUGUGUCUGUCCGUGUGCAGAUGGAGGUGCAGCGCAGCGGCCUCAGCGCGUUAAUGAGGGUGUACAUGGCCCAUGAGACCGAGCCCGUCCGUGAACAGGUGGAGAGGGCGGUGGUGCCGAUGCUCGCGACAUCUGCAGCUGACGACCAAAUGCUUGGAGAAGGUUUGUGUGUGUGUCUCUGCGUGUGAAAGAUGUAUAUGUCUGUCUGUGUGCGCAGUGAUCACUCAGCUGACGCUGCUGUCCUCUGCAGCUGAGAAAUCGACACUCAAAGUGAGUGACACAGACAGACAGACAGACUCCCUCCUUGUCUACUGUCUCUCUGUGUUUGUCCCUAUCAGCUCGACGGCAGCACCACUAGCCUCUUAUUGAAGCGCAUAGCCUCGUCGCAGUCUGUCGAAGUCACAGAAAACCGCCUAAAGGCACGCAGGCACGCACGCACUCGACACCCAUCCAUUCAUCCACCCUUGUGUAUGUGUGCAGCUCUUGACAUCGGCAGCGAGCAGCUCCGAUCGCCGCGAGGAGCAGAUCAAGUGCUCCCUCGAGUGCCUCGACAGGUGGUCGCUGGAGGCGAGAGUGAUCACCCAGGCGUUGAUCCUCCUGGACACGCUGCUGGAGCAGAAAUCUGCCCACGGCAAGGUAAGCACCCCUUUCGCACAGAGGCACUCACACGUAUAUUCCAAUCGUUCAUUCAUUUAUUCGUUCGUUCGCUCAUUCAUUCAUUCAUUCAUUGAUUCAUUCAAUAUCUCUCUCUCUUCCUGUGUGUGUGUCUUCCGUCAGGGCAAGUUGCGUCAAUGGCUGGGCGACAAAGCCCUCCCCGUGUCUCCGGGCGAUGCGGGCAAAGUGGCCGCACUCAUGCAGCGGUACCCCGCCCAGAGAAAGCUCCAGGGAGCCGCUUGCCAGGUGAACAAAAUCGACAACUCAACACACUUUUUGAAAAAGAGAAGGUCAGUUUUCGUAAUGGUUUGUCCAUUGCGUGUGUAUGCCCACCUCCGUUCAGGCGCUUGUGUCGAUUGCCCACCUCUCCCCAGAACACUCAAGAGCCCUCUCCCAGCACAUGUACACCCACACCCAUUCUCACAUGUGAUGGGCAUAAGCAUAAGUACAUGUGUGUGCUUGUCUCUAUGUGUUGUGUUUGUAGGGGUGUGUUGUUCGCCGCUGCUGAAGCCCACGGCGAGAGCCAGUCGAUCGCCAUGAACGUGUGUAAGGCCGUCAAGGCGGCCGGCGCCACCGACAGCAGAAAAGCGACAGAAUUCCUGUUCAACGCCAUCAAACGAUUCAAGUAUUGAAGAGAGAUAGACAUACACUCACACAGACAAGAGAGAGAGGGCACACAAUUGUGUGUGUGAAUUGCAUGCCGCGCAGAGGUGUCAAGGACGUCUAUAUCCCAGCAGUAUCGGCCCUCGCAGCCACCAAGCACCCGCACACCCAGCACCUGACCGAGCCCACCAUCCGGCCAUUCGUCGCGGCAUCACUGAGCCUUCUUUCAACUGGAACCGGCAAAUCGCACAGAGACAUACAGGCGGUGGAGAGCCUGAACGGUGGGCACACUGCAGCCAAUACGUUUUCACAAAGAAGACGAAUGUCCGUGUGUGUGCAGUUGUGGUGUGUCGGUACGCCUGUGUGGCGAUGGCCGCUGCGGGGGCGGCGGAGAUCCCCGUCAAUACACUCAAGGCGGCCAAUGGUGGGCAGCAGGUGAGCCCGUGACCACACACACACAGACGCACACACACAGAAGAGAGACAUGGGGGAGUGUGUGUUUGGUGUGUGUAGGUGUGCGUCAAAGCAGCCGAGGCGCUUGAGGCGCUGAGCAUCCAGGGCGGGCCGAAGGCGGCAAGCGACAUUGUUCGGUCAGUCAGUCAGACAGACAGACAGACAGACAGGCACCCUCACCCCAACACACACACACAUGCACAUCUGUCUGUUUGUGACAGUUUGGACGCUGUCAACACUCUCCUGGACGCUUUGAUGGCGCAGCAAAAGGACACGGCCUUCGCCACCAUCGUACGUGUGCAUGCCCACAUGCUCCUGCACUUGUCCACACAUGCAUAGCUCUGUUUGUGUGUGUGCAGGGCUUACGCACGGUGGCCAACUGCUGUGUGGACGAGGGAGUCAGGAAGACCAUCCCAAACACACUGUGGAUGGGAUCAUUGACGUAUGUGGACCUGCCAAAGAGACACACCUAGACGUGUGUGUGCGCAUUACGUGUGUCUCUGUGUAGAUGGUCAAGAAUACCCCCUCCCUCUCUGAGCCAGAGUGCCUUGCACAAUUCUGCAGAGCAAUGGUGAGCGACCCCUCCUCCCUUACUCCACAACGAAACAGCAAGAGGCAUCGCUUGUGUGUCUACACAAAUAUGUGCAGGCGGCCCUGCAAGCCAAGAAACCCCCAGCCACCUCAGCGGUCAAAGAAGCCGUCAAGCGAAUGAAUGCUCCCGGCCAGCUCGAUCAAUACGACGCCAUCCUCUCCACCCCUCUGCCCCAACUGCAGCAGACCACCGCUCACGCAGCACCGAAACCAGGCGCAGGGAAGAGACGCGCGUCCGUGGAGAGACGAGGCUCAGUGGAGAGAAGGGGAUCGACAGCAAGUGUGGAAAAGGGCAGGAGGCCAGGAUCGCCGUCUCUUUCCCCAUCACAACCAGCGGCAGCAGCUGGUGGUGGGCGGAGAGGGUCACGCGCGUCAAGAAGGGGGUCAGCGGCGAGUGCUGUGCCGAGAGAUCAAGGGGGAGGGGGCAGAAGGCCUCCAUCACCUUCACCCCCACCCGCAUCAGCACGGCCACGGCCGCCACCACCACCCCCGCCAACAGCAGCAGCAGCGGCGAUGCAGCUGAGACCAUCCCAGGUACUUGCACACCCUCUGUCUCUCUGUCUGAAUGAACACACAUACAUCCCUCUGCCUGUCCGUGCCUCUGCAGGCUGCCGAGAAGGAGAGAAGGGGUUCGACGGCGAGCAGGG